AUGUCGAACCAGGGAUACUGGAACAAUCAGCCCCCUCACAGCCAGUAUGGCUACGGAGACAAUAACCAGCAGAGUUACCAGCAGUGGCAGACUCCCGUCAGUCAACCUUGUGCCCAGCAACGUCAGGAUGAUCAGUAUCGACCAUACGACUACAACUAUCAACCGCCCCCGAAUUAUCAGCAGCCUUAUGGUGCGCCGCCGGACUCACAAGGCCCCUAUUCUCAAUAUCCUCACAGUCCAGCGCCAUACUCGUCUCCUGCUCCCGCAUAUUCCUAUCAGCAAGGUGAAUACUCGUCGACUAGCCAAAACUAUGGCUACUACGAGGCAACUCAACGCUCUCACUCAACCCUUCCUGUCCAGACCCAGCCUCAGUACGAAACGUUCACUCCACCGGCAGAGCCUCCAGCACCCCAGACAGCACCUUAUCCCCCCCAGCCAGCAACCAUGCCUGACCCAAACAAUCCAAAUUCCCAGGAUCGCGGGUUGAUGGGAGCCGUGGCGGGAGGAGGGUUGGGAGCGUAUGGCGGCCACAAGGUGCACCGCGGGUUUCUUGGAGCUGUCGCCGGUGCCAUCGCUGGCUCUAUGGCCGAAGACGCCUACAAAAAGCACAAGAAGGAGAAGAAGAAGAAAGCCAAGCGACCGGCUGGGCUGCGCCGAAACUCCUCGUCCUCCUCUUCGUCUUCUUCGUCUUCGUCUUCUUCACCCAGCAGCUCCUCGGACGACGAGAAGAAGACAAAGAAGAAGAGACAAGAUGGACAGAUGCGAGGCAACUUGGAUGCACAGAUGCGAGGAAACUUUUCAUCUUCGUCGCAUAGCAUCACACUGGAUAGGGACUACGACCUGAUCGCAUCCUGCGCCAACGCCCACGGCGACCACAAGCUCUCAUCAUUGUCGCUCAACAACUGCCUGGCGAACAUGCAUGGUCGCUUCGUCUGGGCCAAGGGUGGAAACUUCGGUGCUAGUGCGCGCAACGUGAGACUCGUGGAAAACGGAAAAGUGCUGGAGGCCGAGUUGGGCACGGGCGAUGGUCGAUGGAACAGAGAUCGCAUUCGACUAGACGAACGAGUAAGGAACGACGACGGCGAGCUGGUCUUUUUGAGUUAA